AUGUCACUCCAAGUGAACGAACCACGGUCGCGAACCAGAUCCAAAUCCCCCGGUCGCGAACGCUCACGGUCGCGCGACAGCCGAGUCCCCUCUCCCUCCCCGCACGGCUCCCGCUCCGCCAUCGAACCCCCAAGACCAAAAAGUUACAACCCCGCCGAAGAAGCAGAAAUAGAGCGCCAAUACAAGCUAAUCAGCCAAGAGCGCCGCCACCAAACCACCGACGACUCGCGCCCCGUCGUCUCGCGCGCCCCAAGAACCUCCCGCUACGACCUCGACCACUCAGAGUCGGACUCUGAGUUGAGACGUCGACGCGAUCAAGACGCAGAGAGCUCGCGACGCCGUCGCGAUGAUCGCUACGAGCACUCGGACGACGAGCGCGGCUCGACUGCGCCGGCGCCGGCGAGUUCGCGGUCGCAUCGCAGACGACCCUCGUCGCCGGAUCGCGGAAGUCGCGUGAACCAACACGACUCGGACUCGGCGGAUGAUCUGGCCUACGGUGAUGCGCCGGGGAAUCACCCCAGCUACGCGCGUCCGAAUCGCUAUAGCUAUGCGCAGCCCGCGCAGUUCGCGACCGCGGCCCCGCGGGCGCAGGGAUACCCUGCUGCUGCGCCGAUUGACUGGGCCUCUGUGCCUGAGUGCGAGCGUCCUGGAUAUGUGCCACCUUCGUCGCAGCCUUCAGGUCCGGCUACUAUGCCCGGCGCGUUUCCCGUGUCUUCGAGUUACCCCGCUAGCUCGGGUGCUGUGCCAGCGCCGGUGAAUCCCCCGUUGCCGUAUGGGCUACCGGCUCAGUAUGCGACGAGUGCGGGUUAUGUGCCUUCGCAUUAUCGCACUGCCUCUGCUAGUGAUGCGGGUUAUCAGCCCCCGGUGGUGGGGUAUGCGAAUCCCGGCGUGUAUCAGUAUGCGCAGAUCGAUCCUAAUUUGAAGUAUGCUUCGAAGGUGGAUCCAGCGUCGAAACCGGCGUCGAAACCGGCGCCGGCUUACCCUGCUGCUACGCAUGAGCAGUAUUCUAGACCCCCGCCGCAGCAAGUGCAGAGUCAGUAUUAUCCGCAAUCGCAGCCGCAGCCGCAACAGCAACAGCAGCCGCUACCGCCGCCGCCGAAACCUCAAGACCAGUCGUAUAGGUAUAAUAAUGAGCCUGAGUUUGUGGAGAUUGCACCGGGUGGGAAUCGAUCGAGUGCUCGUCCGCACAGCCAGUCCGUGUCAUCGUCGAAUACCCUCGCAGUUGGCGGAGCCAAUGCAGUCCAUUCCGCCCAUCCCCCAGCCAGUCCACUGCUAGAGCCGUAUCACGGUACCUAUCAGUCCAUCUCACCGAUGCCAACGGCGAUCGUCAUCCCCUCCAUCCGCGACGACGACAUCUCAGACCUUGAACCCCUAGACGGCAGCGGAACCUCCGCCUCUGAAUCCAGCCGACGCGGCAAACACCGCCGCUCGCACUCCUCCGUUAACGAGCGCGAAUCCCGCAGCAGCAAAGAAAAGAAAGACAAAGAGCGCGGCUCGGACCGCGACGACAAACGCCUCACCCGUCCAACAUCCAGCCACAACCGCCACGACUCAACCUCCUCCGCCGACCCAAGAAUCCUCGUCUCCCCACUAACCGGCCGCAAACGCGUCUCCUUCUACGACGCCGGCCCAGACGCCGCAGCCAUGCAAUCUGCCCUAAACCACACCCGAAACAUAGAUAGCAAAACCAUAAUCCAAAUCCUGCCCCGUCUCUCAAGCGACGAGAUCCUCCUCCUGCGCCAGGAAUACAAAGCCCGCGUCCGUAUUCAAGGAAAAGGAAUAAACCUCGCCAAACACCUCCGUCUCAAACUAGGCAGUUCCUCCUUCGCAAAAGUCUGCUACGCAACCGCCCUCGGCCGCUGGGAAUCAGAAGCAUAUUGGGCAAACUGCUAUUACCAAGCCGGCACAUCUCGUCGCGAACUACUAAUCGAGUCGUUGAUGGGUCGGUCGAAUGCCGCGAUCCGCGAAAUCAAGAACUCCUUCCGCGAUACGCGCUACGAUAACAGUCUCGAGCGCUGCAUGCGCUCUGAGUUGAGAGCGGAUAAAUUCCGCGUUGCGAUUCUGCUUGCGCUUGAGGGACAACGGCAGGAUGAGCGCGAUCCGGUCGAUAAACGCCUUGUCAGGGAUGAUGUGCAGGAUUUGUAUCGUGCCAUUGUGAAGGAGGGUGGGGAGACGGCUAUGAUUCAUAUUAUUGUGCUGAGGAGUGAUGCGCAUAUGCGCGAGGUGCUGCGUGUCUAUGAAGAUAAUUAUGGGCAUAAUUUUACAAGGGCUAUGAUUUCUAAGUCGAGGAAUUUGGUGGGCGAAACCCUCGCCCACAUCCUCAACGGCGCAAUUAACAGACCAAUGCGCGAUGCCCUCCUCCUCCACCAAGCUCUGCGCGAAUCCCGUACCGGUCGUGAGCGCUCAGAAUUGCUCAUUUCCCGUCUCGUCCGGCUGCACUGGGAGCCGAGACAUCUUGAUCUCGUUAAGAAUGAGUACAGGCGUAGGUAUCAUGAGCGUUUGGAGGAGGCUAUUGCGGAGGAGAUUCUUUCGCUGAAUGGGGGGCAGGAGUGGGGGGAGUUCUGUAUUGAGUUGGCGCGGAAUGCUUGA